UGGUGGUGAAAUUUCUAGCUUUUCUUUUGUUCGGUGGUUUAUUCAUAUGUCUACAAAAGAUACAGGUUUAUGCCAAAUCACCUCACAUUCUCUUCAUAGUUGCAGAUGAUUUGGCUGGUAAUGACUAGAGACAAACCUUUGACCUAUGCUCAGGGGUACAGCAGUGAGUUGCUUAUUUUGCCAACGCCCACUAUGAUAAAGCACCUGUUUUAAAGGUCAUAUUCGAAAGAUCCGUGACCUUCACUUCUUGUUUAUUUUAUAUCCCUUCGAGGAUGAAAGACCAUAAAUUUAGACUUAUGCUUAGCGCCCAGGGCCGUAGCAGUGAGGGAUUGUUAACGUGCCAGCGCCUGCCAUGACCUCCGUUUUUAUUGUCACAUCUGAAAGACCUGUGACUCUCACUUCUCUAUUCCGCGCUUCUGGCAAAGGAGCAGGUACUGCGUAGGUUUAGCGCAGCCAUGGCACAAGCGAGGCUCGAACUUGCGACCUCCCGAUCACAAACGAACCCUCUAACCACUGAGCUACCACGACCGAUACUUUCACUUUUCAAGCAGGACGCUUGGGAAAGAAUGAGUCACUAUCUAUGUUAAACGUGGCACCUGGAUCGAACCCGGUCUCCCAUUCGCAAAGCACCCUAACCACUGGGCUACCCCGACCGAUCUCCAAUUAGCAUGCAAAUUAUCACGUGCUCCAGCCAAUUGAUCACCCCCAUCCACUCCACAAACAAGACAGAAAUUCCUUAUUCAUCGUUUACAUGAUCAAGAUAUAGGACUGAUGGCGGGUGUGGCCGGUCAACAGGGUUGGAAUGAUGUGGGAUUUCACAACCCUAACAUGAAAACUCCUAACAUAGACAAAUUGGCAAAGGAAGGACUCAUUCUCAACCAGACAUACUUACAGCCCCUCUGUAGUCCAUCUCGGCAUGCCAUCAUGACGGGUUACUAUCCUUAUCACGCAGGAUUACAGCAUCUCGUGAUCCUGCCUUGGCAACCUGUCUGCUCACCAUUGAAGAUGAAGUUCUUACCCCAAAGAUUAAAGGAACUUGGUUACGCUACUCACAUGGUUGGAAAGUGGCACUUGGGUUUCUGUAGUUGGAACUGUACGCCGACUUACCGAGGGUUCGAUUCUUUCUUUGGGUAUUACAACGCACAGGAGGAUCACUAUACACAUGAGUGGUACAAUUACCUGGAUUACCGGGAUAAUGAAAAACCCGUCCGGAAUCUCAACGGAACGUAUUCAACGUUUACCUUCGCAUCAAGAGCGCAAAACAUCAUAAAGAACCACAACUCCAGCCAGCCCCUGUUUCUGUACAUGGCCUUCCAGAAUGUCCACGAUCCCAUUCAGGUUCCUAAGAAAUAUGAGAAUAUGUAUCCUAAUGUGAAAACACAAGGCAGACGUCAAUUUUCAGGGAUGGUAUCUGCGUUGGACGAGGCUAUCGGCAACAUUACCCGCCAACUACAGGAGUCCGGGUUGUACGACGAAACUCUCAUAGUAUUCACUGCUGACAAUGGUGGUUGGCCUAAAUAUUUUGGUAAUAACUAUCCAUUGAGAGGCGGGAAAUUCACUGUGUAUGAAGGCGGUACACGUGUUGUUUCUUUUGUUCAUGGAGCCGGUCUACAGAAAACGGGAGAAUCCUUCGAAAGUAUGAUGCACGCGGUGGAUUGGUCCAGCACUUUAGUUGAGGCCGCCGGAGGGAAACCAGCAGCCUUGCCUGGUGACGGAGUGAGCCAGUGGGAGGCCAUUAUAAACAACUCACCGGGUCCCCGAACUGAACUGGUUUACAACUAUGAUUCUGACAUAGCUCCCGAGGAAGGUCACGCAGCCAUCAGAAUGGGAGACUACAAGUUGAUUGAUGGAUACCCAGGAAUGUAUCCAGACUGGUAUAAACCUGAUCAGGUGUACAGUUUCAAACCAGAACCGUCUGUUGAGGAGAUAGAAGCUCAUGCGGGAAGAUACCAGCUUUUCAAUUUAAAAGAUGACCCAACAGAACACAAUGACUUGUCCAAAUCGAAACCGGAUAUCGUGAAACAGCUCCGUGAGAGGUUAGAGAUGCUGACGAAGAGCGCUGUUCCUCCAAACUACCCUCUGAUCCCCGACCCUAAGUGCAAUCCGUCCCACUUCGGUAACGUUUGGUCACCGGGUUGGUGCUAGGGAUGAGAUGGAAAACAUUGGGCACUUUCACUUGAAAAAACCUCUGGCUUCUAGCUGUAAUGAAUUGCUGGCAAAAGGAUUAACGCAGAAUGCCACGUACAAUCAAACUGAAUGAACGAUUGAGAACAAUAAACUAGGAAUCGAUAUACAUGGAAUUUCGCAGUUGCAUAGUUUUCAAUCUUAAGAACGGAAAAGAUAAGAUCUUACAAAGAAUUUGUACAAUAAAUGAAAAAUAAAAUCUUCAGAAUGAAUAUUUCUAAGCAGCACGCACGGACUUCACACACAUCUUCUGCGGUAUAUACUGUAAUGAUAUUUUCCAAAUUCCACAGUUAAUAACAUCGUUUGCUUUUAAUAUUAAACAUUAUACAAGUUAUCAAAAAA